UGAAGGUGAGAACAGGCUUGGACAAGCACAGGCAGAGGUUCUAACAUUUAUAACGCCGGGAGUAAGGACCAGCAAACACUCGCAGCAAAGGUUUGGAGCACGAGCGAGUGCUUCUUUGAUUGACCCGGGGCAAGGUGCGAGAGCUUAACCCAACGAUCCUCAGAAGCAACAUGAGUCCCAGUGCGUUCCUGCUGAUUGUCAGUUUGCAGCUCUGCUUUGGGAUCAGCUCCUGUCAGCGGAACGAAGGCAAUUUCAAUCAGCAGGUGCUUUCUCAGAUGACGCUAACAAACCGGGAGCUGGCUGAGAUUAAAGAUCUCCUUAAACAACAGGUAAAACAGAUAAUCUUUCUGAAGAACACCUUGGCUGAAUGUGAUCUCUGUGGUAUUCGACAGGAGGGGAAGCAGUCGCCGAUUACUGUUUACCCAUUUGGAAAAUGUGUUCCUAAUCCCUGCUUCCCUGGGGUGCCGUGUUCUGAGACCGUGAAUGGAUUUCUCUGUGGGACCUGUCCUUCUGGCUUCACGGGCAAUGGGACACAUUGCACUGACGUGGACGAGUGCAAGACACAGCCCUGCUUCCCCGGAGUUCGUUGUAUUAAUAAAUCUCCUGGUUUUCAAUGUGACCCCUGCCCUAGUGGCUACAGCGGCCCCAGAAUCCAGGGAGUAGGGGAAGCGUUCGCCAAGGUACACAAGCAGGUGUGCACAGACAUCAACGAGUGUGACAACGGGCAUAAUGGAGGCUGUGAUCCAAACGCCAUCUGUACCAACACCCCGGGAUCAUUCCAGUGUGGGCCGUGCAAAGCCGGAUACAUCAAAAACGAGGCCGGGGGCUGUCGGCCAGAGAGAACCUGUUCAAAUGGAGCACCGAACCCCUGUCACCGGGACGCACAGUGCGUUGUGACACAGAACAGACAGAUCAGCUGCACUUGUGGAAUUGGCUGGGCUGGAAAUGGGUACGUCUGUGGACCCGACACAGAUAUCGAUGGAAUUCCUGACGCACAGCUGGAAUGUACCGAGCAAAAUUGCCGCAAGGAUAACUGUGUGGCAGUGCCAAACUCCGGGCAGGAAGAUGCAGAUGGCGAUGGGAUUGGCGAUGCCUGUGACAGUGAUGCUGAUGGGGACGGCAUUGUUAAUGAAGAGGAUAAUUGCGUUCUGAUACCAAAUGUCAAACAGAGAAACAUGGACAAGGAUAACUUUGGAGAUAUGUGCGACAACUGUAAAUACAUCUUUAAUAACAACCAGAAGGACAGCGAUGGUGACGGGAAAGGAGACUUAUGCGAUCAGGAUUUGGAUGGAGAUGGAAUCAGGAACAACUUGGAUAACUGUGCGCAUGUUCCAAACCGGGACCAGAGGGACCAGGACGGAGAUGGGGUUGGAGAUGCCUGUGACAGCUGCCCAGAUAUCAGAAACCCCGAUCAGUUGGAUGCUGACCACGACCUUGUUGGCGACUCCUGUGACACCAACACAGACAGUGACGGAGAUGGCCAUCAGGACAGCAGGGAUAACUGCCCCACGGUCAUCAACAGUGCCCAGGAGGACACUGACGGAGACGGCCUGGGUGAUGAGUGCGACGAUGACGAUGACAAUGACGGGAUCCCUGACACGCGUCCCCCUGGACCGGACAAUUGCCGACUUGUAGCUAAUCCAACUCAACAGGAUCUUGAUGGUGAUGGGGUCGGAGACAUCUGUGAAGAGGAUUUUGAUGCCGACAAGGUGAUUGAUGUCAUCGAUGUUUGUCCUGAGAAUGCGCAGAUUACACUCACCGAUUUCCGAGCUUUUCAGACCAUCGUCUUGGACCCCGAGGGAGAUGCACAGAUUGACCCCAACUGGAUCGUCCUAAACCGGGGAAUGGAGAUAGUGCAGACGAUGAACAGUGACCCAGGCCUCGCGGUUGGGUACACAGCUUUUAAUGGUGUGGACUUUGAAGGAACGUUUCACGUUAACACGGUGACAGAUGACGAUUAUGCUGGAUUUAUCUUUGGCUAUCAGGACAGCUCCAGCUUCUAUGUGGUCAUGUGGAAACAGACAGAACAAACCUACUGGCAGGCAAAUCCUUUCCGUGCUGUGGCCGAGCCUGGGAUCCAGCUCAAGGCAGUGAAAUCGCAGACUGGUCCAGGACAACACUUGCGGAAUGCACUCUGGCACACAGGAGACACCACUGACCAGGUCCGCCUCCUGUGGAAAGAUCCUAAGAACACUGGCUGGAAAGACAAUACGUCGUAUCGCUGGUUCCUGCAGCACCGGCCACAGAUUGGGUACAUCAGGGUGCGGCUCUACGAGGGGCCGGAGAUCGUGGCAGAUUCCAGGGUGAUCAUCGACACCACAAUGCGCGGAGGAAGACUUGGAGUCUUCUGCUUCUCCCAGGAAAAUAUAAUUUGGGCAAAUCUACGCUAUCGUUGCAAUGAUACAAUUCCAGAAGAUUUCCAACCAGCAUUUCAGUCGCAGAUUUGAAAGUGACCGCUGAACUGCUGAACCUUUGACCCUUUAACCCUGACAAGUGACAAUCACUCAUUGUAUCUGGAAUGGUGGUAAACAUCAGA